CCUAUCGCUCUUUACAUCGUUCGCAGUAGGUAUCAUUCUACCAAGCAAACACCUUCGACGAGUGCGUCGCGAAAAAGGAGUGAGAGUUCGUGUAUAAUUCUCACGUCCUAAGGAUGAGGGCACCACACCCGGCGUUCUUGUUGUGCGUGCUGAGCUCGUUGUCGCUCGUUCAGGCCGACACGUAUCACUACUAUGACCAACCUGUAAAGAGAGGGUUGUUGGACCAGCUGCUCGGCAGUCUAGGUGUUGGCGGUGGCAACGAUAACAACGCAGACGGACAAGCUCACAAGAAAGGUGGCAAAGGACAAGAUGGCGCCGUCACCGUCACCGAGACGGUAAAGCAGACGAUCACGGUGGGAGCCGGGGCAGUCGCUGGACUUAACGGCACGGCGGCAGCAGCCACCAAGACCGUAACCGUUACCAAAACCGAGAAUGCCGCUGCCGGCGGCGCAAACGCAGCAGCCCAACUAUCCUUCGUAACCACCACCGUCCAAGGCACCGGCGCGCCCGUGACCGUGACCAUGACGCCGAUCGCCUCGACCGUCACCCAGGUCUCCACGAUGAUGCAGGUGUCGACCGUGACCAUGAUCCAGAUGAUCGCCUGCGGCACGACCGGCGCCGCGGUCCCGGCCUCGCAAGCGUCCAUCGUCGCGUCGAGCGCCGCCGCCGCCGCCUCCUCUGACGCGGCCGCUGCAGCGGCAGCAUCAGCAGCGGCGGCGUCGUCGUCGGCAGCCGCAGCCGCAGCCGCAGCCGCAGCCGCGACUUCCGCCGCGCAGGCAGCGACUUCGGCUGCUGCUGCCACGAGCGCUGCUGCCGUGGCUACAAGUUCGACUGCCGCGGCGGCAGUAGCUUCGACUUCGUCCGCCGCCGCCGUAGCAUCGAGCGCCGCUACGUCCGCCGUCGCAGCUGUUUCCAGCGCCACCACUACUUCCGCUGCCACCUCCGCCGCCACGACGUCUACUUCUGCCGCCGCGGCCGUCGCGUCCUCGUCAACGAGCACCACCAGCACCGCGGCGGCCGUCGCCGCCACCACGCCCCUCGCGGCGCAGUCCUCGCUCUCGCUGCCGGUGGAGACGCCGCCCGUCGCUAACAACGCGGGAGGCGCGCCGGCGGUUACGGCCGCGAGUGCGAACGCGGCGGCGCCUUCGAUUAAUUUGAGCGGGAUCCCGUUGACGAAUGCUCUGACGCUUGGGUUCCUCGGUUAGGGCUUGUAACUGGAGUCGAGAGGCCGGGAGUGUGUGUGCGAGUAUAGGCCCGGCGAAGCAGUGUGAUAUAGACAGGAGACGGGGGACGGGAGAUGGGGAAGAGAGGAAAUACCCCGUGUUGAUCGCUGGUUGAAAGUUACUGGUCUUCCGGUUUCCAGAUCCAUCGGUUUUCGAGCCGUAUAAUUAAUCAUUCAACCCCCCAACCUACCUACACCACAUCGCCACGCGAUAAUCUGUAGUAUUCCUUUCUUCCCUCAUUUCCCCUAUUGCUGUUUUUUUUUCUCUUUCGGAAACUCAUAUACAUAUAUACAUACGUUUGUAGUAGGUAUCGUGAUUCUAGUAGCCCGGUUCUUGGUCGUUUAUUUAGCUGGAGGAGGGGACGAGGAUACCGAACCGCGGAUUUACGCUUAACACGGAACGCUGCCAGGAGCAUUGCAAUAUAAACCCAGACAACAUGUACAUAGCCUUCUUUUCGCUUCUUGAAAAACCUCGAUGGAAAAUAAACCGAGUAAAAAAAAUUGGUUGAGGCUGGUCUUGAUUAAGUAACUUGUGCUGUUCCUGUGUUGCUGCUGUCUUCGUUUAAGUGGGUUAGU